AUGUCCAACCACAGACAUGCCCGAAUGAUGAUGAACGACGUGCUCCGCUUUCGAGCCGAUCAGUACAACAACGACUACGACCCGAGCCUCCUUCCAGGCGCAUACAUUGAACUCGAUAUGGUUGAUAUGAGGCUCAACACCCGGGAUCCGAUCUCGACUGUGAUGCGGCUUGGCACCAGCAACGCCGCCAACGCUUUCAUCGGACCCGAUUUCAGCUUCAUGUCCUCAGCCGCGGCUGUUGCGGAUGCGGCCUUUGGCAUUCCGAUGUGCUCAUGCUGCUCGUCGAGCAACGAUCUCAGCAACAAGGUCAAGUAUCCAUACUUUUUCCGGAUGAUAUCGCCCGAUGUAUUUCCGGUUGUCGGCGUGGUUCAAUUUAUGAAGCAACACGGAUGGUCACAGAUUGGGGUGCUGACCGUGACAGAUUCGUACGGCAGCUCGCUUCUAAGCAGCAUCGCUACCGAGUGUGCUCAAAACAACAUCACCAUCAAGGUCGAGCUGACCUACGCCCAGGCAAAUCUUCCCGAAACAGCCGACACAAUCGCAUCGGUGUUUGCAUCGUCAGGGAUGACGAUAUUCUUUUUUGGAGGAUACAGCGAUGACUGGGCCGUUCUUUUGCCAAGCCUCAUAGACAACGGCAUCUUUGCAGAGGGCUACUCAUGGAUAGGCUCUGAUGGAAUGUUCUGGACUCAGCAUGGGGCUGGGUCGCCACCCGGCAGCACCUCGGACGGAGCCAUUAUGUACUAUCCGAUUGAAGAGUAUGAUCAGAAUCCGCUGUAUCAAUCGCUCGUGACUGAGUGGCUGAGCGCCAAUGUUUCAAAGUACCCUUCAAUAUCGCUCGGAGUCUACCCGGUCGCGUCGUCCAUAUACAAGCUCAACUGCUUUGAGUUUUUGGCUUAUGGCUUUGAUCGGCUUCUAAAAUCCAACCCAAACUUGACCUUGACUGCCUUGGCCAACAACGAGCUGGUUCCAUACUAUGAAAUACCCAGCACAUUCGCAUUUCCCGACAUGAAUACCGAGUCUGGAAACGUGGUCAUGAACGCAUACGGCGAUGCAUUCAGGAAUUAUUACUUUUACAAUGUUCAUGACGGCGGAAACAUAUCCAUCUUCGCGAUAUACUACACCGCCACCAACAGCUUCACAUACCUCUAUCAAAACAUCGAAUGGCCAGGGUCCACCUCGGUGGUGCCGUCCGAUCGAAUUACGUCAAUCUCGUGCCCGGUCGGCAGUGGAGCAAGCACAGGUCCGCAAGGCUCGCUUGUGUGUGUCGUCUGUGCUAUCGGGACGUAUAAUCUCAACGGCGACGAUCUAUGUCGACCCUGCCCUACUGGAGCAUAUUGCGAUGGCGGCAGCAAUGUGACUGCUCGUGCAGGUUAUUGGGAAGACUGGAGCCUCGGCAAUACGACUACUCCGACCUUCCGGCAGUGCCUGACGAGCGACUGCUGCCCGACUGGCCGCUGCACUUCGUCCAACCCGUGCAGCGCAUCCACGACGGGCGCCAUGUGCAGAGUUUGCCGCGAUGGCUAUGCAAUGUGGGGCAGCGGGUGCAUAGCUUGCUCCAGAGCCAAUGCUGGAGUCGUAAUUUUGUUCCUGAUCUAUGGGAUGGUCAUCGCCCUGGGCUGUUUGCUCUGUCCACUGAAAUCGACAAACGUUGUAAUACCGUUGAUAUGGUAUUACCAGCUGUCCACCUUUAUGGUGUAUUCGACUUCUAUCAAGGGAUUUCUUCAGGCGGUGCUUUUCUUUGACAUCAAUGGGUUCUACAACAUCAACAAGUCGCUGCCGUGUCCAUUCUGGACGGGCCCUAUGGGAUCGAUCUAUGCCAAGUACGGCUGGAUCGCCAUUAUAUUGGUUGAGUAUUUCGUGGCAUGGGUGGGUGUCGGUGUUCUGAAGAGGCGCUACAAGAUCAUGGAUAAGCCUCGAAGCUCCGCAAAGAAGCCUGCUAUUGAGCAUAUCGAGAGAAAUUUCGUCUGUGGACUCUUCACGUUCAUACAGGCGUUUUACGUUCCUCUGGUGUACAUAUCCAUCGAUACCAUGAACUGCGAGAGGCUCUUCACUGGAGUGUAUCUGCUCAACUACCCAAGUAUUAAGUGUGGCUCGGAGGAGCACAUACCACUGCUGGUGCUGGCAUCGUUGGUGGAGCUGGUCGUGGUCUUUGCUCUUCCUGUUUGGUGCUGGACCGUCCUUCGGCGAUCUCGAACCACGACAGACGAUCGAGCAUCCGUCACAGACCAAGUUUUACGGGAGCGGUACGAAAGAAGCAAGGCCUACUUAUCCGUCCCCGUCAACUUUGCCUGCCUUUCGCUCUUAGUCAUCAUGGCCUCUGGAUACAGUACCAACACCUUCCGGGUCCUUCCACCCGACACACUCGUGAUUGGACUGUGUAUCUGUGUGGUUGCCCAUACCGGAACGCGAUCGCUCAAGACCCGCGAAAGCCAUAUCCGCCUGCACAUCUAUCUGGUGGGGAUCACCGCCAUGUCGUUCUCGGACAACGUUAUGAUCCAGAACUCGUCGUUUGGGCUGUAUGGCUUCCAAGCGUUUAUGUUGGCGAUCCCGCCUGUGUUUGAGACGGCGGUGUGGGCUGUCAAGGCAUGGAUGCGUCGUCGCAAGAAUACACAGCAGACGGACAUGUCGUAG